AUGUCAUCCCUCAACCGGAGCGCAAACUUUGGUUCACAGUCCAGCGCCUUUUGCUCCUUCAAGAAGAAUCACAUUGACCAUGUCGCCGCUGCAACGCACCAGCUGCGACAGUGCGCAUCCAACAACAAUGACGUUAUAGUAACAACCAACCCCCACACCGGGGUCUCCACAUCCACAAGCACCUUACGGACAGUCCCUUUGACAGAUUCGAAUUCACAGGACCCGGUGCUCCUGGAGUCCACCUCCAAGAGCAGCGGGUCUUCGUCAAACCGGAGAACUCAGAACGUCAUUCAGGCGUCGACAGUCAGACUGUUGGAUACGUACCAGAAGUGCGGGUUGAAACGGAAGAGCGAGGAAACUUUGGACAAUCACCGUCAGUACAGCAGCACGAGGCACGACCGACACGAGCGGCAAGAACGGACUAACCGUAACGAGUACAAAGAAAGGACGGAACGUAGCGAUAAGCAUGAGAAAGCACACACGUCGAACCAUUCAAGUAAAGCAACCACAAGCAAUGCCAACACGGCAACGAACUCGAAUAAGAAUGCGAACUCUUCUAAGAAGAGUUCGUCGGGCGGGGAAGGCGAUUAUCAGUUAGUGCAGCACGAGGUACUGUGUUCAUUAACAAACAGUUAUGAAGUGUUGGAGUUCCUUGGGAGAGGGACGUUCGGGCAGGUGGUCAAGUGCUGGAAGCGCGGGACCAACGAAAUCGUAGCCAUCAAGAUCCUAAAGAACCACCCCUCCUACGCGCGACAGGGACAGAUUGAGGUCAGCAUCCUGGCGCGGCUCAGCGCCGAGAACGCCGACGACUUCAACUUGGUGCGCGCCUACGAGUACUUCCAGCAUAAAAACCACACGUGCCUCGUGUUUGAACUCCUCGAAAAGAACCUUUAUGAUUUCCUCAAGCAGAGUAAGUUCCGCCCCCUCCCCCUGAAACACAUCCGCCCCACCCUCCAACAGGUACUGGUCGCUCUUCUCAAGUUGAAGACCCUUGGUUUGAUUCAUGCGGACUUGAAGCCCGAAAACAUCAUGCUGGUGGACCCCGUCCGUCAGCCGUACCGCGUGAAAGUCAUCGACUUCGGGUCGGCAAGUCACGUCUCGAAAGCAGUGUGUUCAACGUAUCUCCAAUCAAGAUAUUACAGGUGAGCCAACCAGUCUGUUUAUAUCUUUUUGUUUUGUUUUUUAUGGGAAUCGUGUGAGAUAGUGAAGUCAGGGCCCCGUCUUACAAAGAGAUGCAAUUGUUCCGAUCAACCACAACUAUGGAAAGCCACCAAUGCCAACAUAAAAAUGAUGCAUGUUUGUUAAAACUUAAAAACAUCCAUUUCAUAUUGUUGUCUUGCCUAUUCCUUUCUAAACAAAUUUUCAUUCUCUAUAUACAUGUAUGUAUCCAGCUCAUUAUUAAGCCUUCUAUAUUUUGAAACCUUUUUUUUCUUGUUUUUUUUCCCCCAAUGAACUUUUUUCUCCUUGUGAAUGUUGUCGUUUAUUCAAAGCAUUCAUAUCUUGCUAGCAUGAAAAUGACACAAAGGUAUACUUGUACAUAAAUACUGUUUCCUCUGCAACAACAAUGUACAAAACAGGAAAUGGGUUUGAAGAUACUUCAUUUGAAGAAAUAAUCAGUACACAAUGGCAAUUAUGGUGAAUUGAUUGGAAAUCAUUUUUUGGCAGGAAGCGAUGGUUCGUGCUGUUGCCAUUGCGAUGGCAAGUUGGAAUGCCAAAAGCGUUUGGGAGAAGUUUAUUAUCUGCAUUAAAGAUCAGUUUGUGUUUUAUAAUGAACAGUCAUUAUUCUUGGCUAGUUUCAUUAGGAUGCAAGGCAUGAUGUUGAAGAAGAGUUGGCUUCAAAGCAAUCAAAUUCAUCAAGUUCCUGAUCUAUUUUUAACUUUAAAAUUUCAUGAGCAAUAUACAUGUAGAAUGUGUACACUGUAUACAUGUACAUACAUGUAUACUGUACUACACAUUGUAAAGUGAAUACAGGGUGUAUUUCACUUUUUUUUGGGGGGGGGGGUUGUGAAACUCUCAACUUGACAUUGUCAGAAAUCCCCCACUAGCAAACGGAAUCCCUGUGUUCAAAUGAUCCUAAUCCAAGCAAGUUGAAAAAAAGUCUAUAAUUAAGAAAUAAAGGUAUAAUUUGCAAGCUACAUGUAUGUAUUUUGUGUUCAGAUCAUACACUCCAAAAUCAAGUAUUGCUGUGGGGAAACAAUAUACCAUCAUGUGGAAUCACAAAUUUAUUCUCCUUUUUUUAAGAGUUGAAAAUGCCAUCAAGUGUGACUCAAGAAUUCAAAUUACCAAUGCACAUUGUUUGAAACAUCAAGCGUAAAGUUUGCAUGCAACAGUGUAGUUCACUGAUGGAGAUAAAUUAAUCUUUGUCAAAUACAUGUACAUAUAUAUAAGAAACUUUGCCUGAAUAGGAACUACAUGUACAUGAUUGCAAAUUCUAUGUUGGUAUUGAGUUUGGAUUCAAUCUGAAAUGCUGAAAUUAUUUUCUCAGUCUAUCACAAACACUACCAGCAGAAAUCUCUAUAUGUGGUAACCACAAGGUCCGAAGGCACUGCCUCCUUUCCUGGCUAUGCAUAUUCCUUUGUCUUUUUCUAGUUGCACAUGGUUAAGAGAGCUCUACAUGUAAAGGCCUUUCCCAACCGGCCUUCAGUCCAACAUGCUUGUAAUUAUGUAUAGAUCCAGACAACAACUGGAGCGUAGUCUCACUUGCUAAUAAUUAUGUUGGGCCACAAGCUGAGCUGAAACCUGUCACUCAUUUCAAUAAAGGACUCUCUCCGGCCUGAUUAUGUGCUAUGCAUUUCCAUGUAGAUUGAUGGCUAAAUUAUCAAAGGUUCGUUCUUUUUGUGCCUGUAGGAUACCAUAUUAAAGUCAGGUCAUUAAGAAUUAGGCUACAUGUACACAUGUACAUGCAGCUGCUAUCCUUGAAAUUUUGAAGGGCCUUUUUAGACUUUAUACUUCUCAAAUUCUUAAUAUGCGUUGGAUAUUAAAAAAAAGAAAUGGUUCUCAGAACUAACGUGGAGAGGAUGGGGGGGGGGGGGGUGGACACAAACCAAGAAGUGCUGGCCAACUGUGACCACCUUUGUGCUUGGGUUUUGAUUUUAGCUUUGAAUAGGAAAAUAAUUUGAACCCACUUGAUGUACAGCGUACAAGGCCUGUACAGUUGUGCUCAAAAGUUAGUGGACCCCACCACAAAAUUUACUCCCUCAUGCCGAAUGUUGAAUGUGAAAACAACACUACAAUGUCCGGCGAUCCCAGAGAAACUAUUAAAGGAAACUUUUAUUGAAAUGUAAUAUUUUAUUACCUGACUUGACAGUUAUUAUUUAAAAAAAACAUUGCAGAACUUGAACACUUUUCAUGUUCGUUUUCUGGUGGGGUUCACUUUACUGUUGAGCACCUCUGUAUCCCUGUAUUGUAGGCCUACCGUCACCACCACAACCACUUGAUGCCACAUACUCUAGAUACUCUUCUACUACAUGUAAUGUACAUAAUGCACGUUUAGUAUGCCUGGUGCGAUGCAAAACAUGAACUUUCGUCGAAAGGAGGCCAGUCUACAAUGCCUUAAAUAGAUCACCGGUUCAAGUUAUGACCUUCAGAAAGGCUGCUCGAAGUCGUGCCUUAUUAAAGGUCAUGACUUGAACCUGCAUACAUGUGUUAAGAGUUCUUUUCAAACUCCAUCAAUUAUAAUAUUUUGAGAAAAAAACCAUCACCACACUUCCAGAAUUGAUGCUCUUGAGAUGUUUUCAUUCCCAGUUUCAUAUGAAGGUGGCAUAUCAAUAAAUUUCACUCUGUAUUCCUCAUCAAAUUUGGAGCUGCAACAAAAGGUGCAAGUGUCAUGGGACACAUUCCCUAUCUCAGAAUUGUUUUGAAUGUGAGUUCACUAUAAAUCAGAAGUCAGAACAUUUUUUAUUGUUGCCAGUUUUGCCAUGGUUUUUCAGUAAUUGUGCAAUCAUGAAGCGUCUUUAUGUUCAUGUGUUUAUGGUUAUUAUCAACAUCCUAUGAUAUAAUGUUUGAAAGAGAAAGGGACCAUGAAAUACUUUGCAGAUUGGAGUAAAAUAUGUUUGGUUCGAUGAACAAUUUUGAGGGAACUAAAAUAUUUUUUCCCCUUUUUAUUAUUAAAAGAGGAACUGCAUGUACAUUGCACAUUGCAAUUUGGCAGCAAACAUGAGUUUAGCGAAAACACCAAUCUUUCCAAAUAUGACCUGGAUUUUUUUUCAUGAAGGAGGAAAAUAACAUUGAAAUCCGAACUUAUUAGGAAAUUGUGUUGCACAGAGGUCAAUUUCAUUUUGGUUGCGUUUAUUAUAGGAGAUUCCAUUGUUGAUGUUAUCACUUUCUGGUCAAUGAUAGCGCCUACUGAUAAUUCACAAAACAAAAACAUCUCUAUAGCUUUUUAAAGGUCCACAAUAUAUGUAUGGUGAACUUGAACUGAAGGGGGAGUGGGUAGCCCAACAUCAUCAACAAUGUGGAGCAUUGUGGCCUUGUGGAUUAGUCUUCUUACUUUGAAACAGAGGGCCGUAGGUUCGAAUCCCAGCCAAGGCGUAAUUUCCUUCUGUAAGAAAUGUAUCCAUAUUAUGCUGCAUUCAACGCAGGUGAGGUGAAUGGGUAACCGGCAGGAUGAAUUCCUUGAAUGCACUGGGCGCUGAAAGGCAGCUCGAGCUAAAGCCGGGGUAAUAAUAAUAGUAACAAUGCGCCUCAGAAUAGAUUAUUUCUAGAUAGAUGCCGCAAUAUUAUUAUUAUUAUUAAUGUCAACAAUAACAGUACCAAUGAAAGCAACAACAGCACCAACCAUGGAAACAUAUUCAGAUUAUUACUCUCGUGCAUGUACAUGUAUAUCUGUAGGCAAAAAUAAAAUCCUGCUGUUUGGCUAAUUCACUGCAUUUCACUACAUUUAGAGGAAAUUUUCCUUCCUGACUGUGACAAAUCAAAUGGAAAUAGAGAAACUUCAAAUUAAAUUUCAAUAAAUAUUCCAUUCUUGAUGACCAUUAGAAAUCAAUAUGAAUGGAGCAUCAAAGAGUGGAUGGUUAUAAUAAUUCUUUCAAGUUAUUUUGGAGACCAGAUUGUAAACAACACAACUGUCUGUUUUGAAAAUAAACCCCCGAGUCGAUUUCUUCAUCUGUUGAUAAUCACAUCUCAGGGUUAAUUUUACAUACUGUCCAGUAGACCAGAGUAUUUUUAUUAUUUUAAUUCUCCCCUUUAAGUUCAUAUCUCGAUUGGCAUGUUCAGGCAUUCAAUGGGGUAUCUAAUCUUUUAUAUGCCAUUAGUCAACUUUUAGUGAUACAGAUAGUGCCAUCUCUACAUUCUUAACUUCGGAAGGGAAAGCAGUGCACUCUAAAAAGUUUUAACCAACCUUCAUGUAUGUUGAAUACACUGGCGUACAGAUGGGGGAGGGGGGCUGGGGGGGGGGGGCUCUUGUCCCCCCAGUUCUUUUUUUCAUGAAAAAAAAGAAAAAAGGAAGGGAUAAGGGUAAAAUUAUUUUCUCAAUAUUUAGUCAAAAUAUUUACAAACUUGGAUUUUCGUAAUAAAAAUGUCCCAAUUUUUGCUUGCUCGCUGGCAACUUUUUAUUUGUACGCAAUAUGCCAUAUUGAGCCCCCUCAAAAUUUUUGGCUCAUUACACUACUGAUUGAAUAUAUGUAUGAACCGAGCAGCUGUUGGUUAAAACAAAAUCAAAUGCAAACGAAUUUGGAUUUGUUAAAUAGUUGGUUCAUAUUCCCAACUUUUCUUUCGUUUAUUAAAAAAACAAUUCUAAGAAUGGGAGAAUGUGUCCAUUCACAUUAAUACCACAAACUCCCCAAAAUCCACUCAUGAUUCAUGUGAAUGUUAGGAACUGCACACCACUCCAACUGUCUUUGUUUCCAAUCAUCAUGGAAACAAAAUUACACAGUGGCUCGGGGUCAUUUCGCCCCCAACAAAUGACCCCGAGCCCCCAACAUUUUUUUUAAAAAAGCACUGAAAACUAGGAGUCCUGGAAAAUCCUAUAAAUUGAUUGCCAUAAAGCUUAGCCUUAUCCAAUGUUCCAGAAUUAGGCAGUACACAUGUAAAGCUGUGAAAAGUAGCCCGAG